GUGUGUGUGUCUCUCUGUGUGUGUGUGUGUGUGUAGAUGAUGGCAUCGUCCGGUGACAGCAGCGCUGCAGAUGAUCAGCAGGUUCCUCAUCCUGAUGAAGCGGUGUGUGUUAAAGACGUUCAGGCGCGUUACCUGCGCUGUCCUUCUCCCAGCUUCUCCAUGAUGUCCGACCGCUUCUCCAUGAUCUCCGGCUCGGACGCUGAGAGUAUCUUCAUGGAGCCGAUUCAUCUGUCCUCCUCCAUCGCGGCCAAGAAGAUCAUCAGUGAAGAGCUGAGGUCCAGAGAGCUGCGGACCCCGGAGACCCCCGACAGCAUGCUGGAGUCGGCCGAGCAGCUGAUGGUGGAGGAUCUGUACAACAGGGUGAAGGACAUGAUCGACGACCGCAGCCCCUACAACACACCCUGCGUGCUGGACAUCCAGAGAGCGCUGACCCAGGACCGUCUGGAGGCGCCCUUCAACCCCGUCGACGAGGUCUGGCCAAACAUCUACAUCGCAGAGAAGUCGGUGGCGGUGAAUAAAGGCCGUCUCAAGCGUCUGGGCAUCACUCAUGUGCUGAACGCUGCUCACGGCACCGGCGUCUACACCGGCCUGCUGUUUUACCAGGGCAUGAACAUCACCUACAUGGGCAUCGAGGUGGACGAUUUCCCAGACGCAGACAUCUCUCCUCACUUCCGCACGUGUGCCGAGUUUAUGGACGACGCUCUGCUGACACACAGAGGCAAGGUGCUUGUGGACUCGAUGAUGGGUGUGAGCCGGUCAGCGGUGCUUGUCGCUGCUUAUCUUAUGAUCUUCCAGAACAUGAGCAUCAUAGAGGCCCUGCUGGAGAUCAGGAAGAAACGUGCCAUCAACCCCAACGAAGGGUUUAUAAAGCAGCUGCGCCAACUCAACGAGACUCUGAUGGAGGAACGAGACGAAGACGAUGACGAGACCCUCAGCCAGUGCUCCGUGAUCGAUGCCCGCGCUCGUCUUGAUGAGGAGGAGAGCAUGUUUGGAGUUAAAGCUGAAUCCAUCAUGGUGGACGAGGAGGGAGACAGCGGCAGCGUCAUGAGUAGCGUAGCGUCUUCGGCCGCCGCCGCGGCUCUGAAAGCAGGACUUCUUGGUGGCCCGAGCAAACCUGACCUGGAGGUGACCGCCAAGGACCCGGCGCUCCCUGGAAAAGACAGAGAAGAUGAAGAGGGGGAUGUGGACAGCAUGAUAAGAGAGUGGCAGAAGCGCAACGAGAAGUACCAGGAUGAGGACUGGUGGGAGGCACAGCUGAUGUGUGACGGGGGGGACGGUGAGUCCUUGCUGGGCGACAGGAAACCGCUGGACGUGCGACCGGAGGACCUGGAGAGCGUGACCAGUGAAGAUGUGCGAAUGGUGAAGGAACGCAUCAGGAAUCGUCCCCGUCGACCCGCUUCAGAUACAGGCUCUGCAACGAGCCGCAGCAGCUUCUCUGAUCUCUGGAAGCAGCGUCUGAAGGACAUCGAGGAGCAGGCCGCAGCACGAUACAGACUCAAAGAGGAAGACGAGGACAGCGAAACAAGCCAGAAGAGAAUCGACGACGAUGUCGAGAGCAUCCUCUCGGACAGCAGCUCCAUGUACAACUUCUGCAAGAAGAACAAGGAGAACCUAACACCUCUGGAACGAUGGAAAGUUAAGCGAAUUCAGUUCGGAUGGAACAAAAAAGAUGAGAACGGAGAGCAAGUGGAGGCCAAGACGGAAGCUCCUGCUCCCUCGCUGGAGGACGUCAACCUGACAGCCUAUCAGACCUGGAAACUCAAGCAGCAGAAGAAGCACGGUGGCGAAGAGGACAAGGACGAAAUCCUGAAGAUGAGUCGAGCCGAGGACCCGGCCACCAUCAAGAAAAGACAGCGACGCGAGGAGCUUCUGGAGCGAACGAGGAAGACGCUGGAGGAGAGCCAGUCGGUGUGUGGCUGGGAAACCGAGAGGGCUCUGAGCGGAAGCAUCCCGCUGUCUGCUUUCUGUGCCGGAGCCUUCCCGUCUGCAAGCACCGCCGGAGACGAUAACAUGUCUGUGCUCAGCGGAAGGUCUUCCGUCCUUUCAGGUCACAGCACCAGAUCCCAACCUCCCGUUCCUCAGGAGCCUCCGGCCGCGAUCCUCGGCCCUAACGGUGAGCCCAUGGUAAACAUUUCCAACAUCCAGAACUGGAUUGCCAAUGUGGUCAAUGAGACUCUCAUGCAGAAGCAAGCCGAGAUGAUGACGGGAGCGAGUCUGGCUCCUUCCAGAGCGGGAUCGGUGUUCAGUCUGGGUGUCGGACGCGGAGGAGACGAUGAUAAAGCCUCAAUGCUGAGUGGAUCCACAUACUCGUCACGAAGCAGAGCCGAAUCCGUGCUGUCUUUGGGUGGAAAGGCUCGAUCCGUGCUCUUGACCGGCGGCCGGGCCGAGUCUGUGAUUUCUGCUGGAGGAGCAUCAAACGUCUCCUCUGUGUCCCGGCGGAGCAAGAUUACUACGACCAGCGUGCCGCUCUACAGCCUCUUCCAAGACCAGGUGAACCUCCACAAACUGGACACCAUGGAGAAAGAAAUCAAGUCUGACAUGCGGGACAAGAUGGCUUCCUAUGAGGUGAAGAAGAUCACAGAGGACAACAAGCGCAGUACAUUAUACAAGAAGAAAAAACCAAAGGAGGAGGAGGAGGAGGACGAAGAUGAAGUAAAUCAUGGAAAACUGAACGGAUUUGAUGAUUCGGCCACCCGUUGCUUCGAGAAACCCAAACCUAAAAGAGAUUACGGCCGUUCUGGAAUACUGAACCUGCCAGCUUCGGCCAGGAACCCCACCAGCAGCAUCGAUGAAUGGCUGGAAAACGUGAGACCUCCUCAGAGCAAACCUACACCUUACGAUGGAGACGGAGAGACGCCGCGCAUGUCUCGGCCAGCGUACGAGGAACCUUCGGAGUUUGACUUCCCGAGCCGCAGGAGCUCUAUUUCAGUCAAUGACGACGAAGAGGAGGAAUAUAGCUUUGCCUCGAGGUUUGCUUCCAGGCAUCAGCCAGAUGAUGACAUGGAUUUGGCUCGAGAUCCCAGUCCGGAGUUUACCUAUCGAUCCGGGAUAGGUGAAGAUACUAGUUACAGAACCAGGAGGUCGUAUGCUAACAACAAUGAGACUGUGAGGACUGCUAAGACUGUACCGGAAGACAAGGAAGAUGAGGAAAUAUCUGCUUUCAUUGCUCAGAUUAAACAGAGGGCGAGAGCACGGGUGGCGGAGGAGAUGGAGGAUGAUGAAGUUCUUUCAUCGUGGAGGAAACAGGAGGAGUCAAAGUCACACGCACACAAUAAAAACUAAUACAAACAUGACUGUUCAUGCCAAAAAAAGAGAGGAAAAUUCAUUAUCUAUUGUAGAUGUAGAAUAUCAUAGCAGUAAUGAUGCAUUGUUUCAUAUGUGUGAUCUGACAGGCUUCCAUUCAUAAAGUAAAAAAGUGUUCAGGACGAGACUCUUAGAGAUUGAUACUGCAUAUAAACAAACAGAAGAUAACAUCACUGCGUUCAAAGUCACAAACACACAAUAAAGCAUAUUUAGCAGCUC